AUGUUCUCAGCCCUGGGUGUUGUUGUGCUACUAUCAUUCGCCGCGCUACUGAGAAUACUCUGCAUCUUGCCUCGCGAGAAGAAAUCGCUGCAAGCAGGCUCUCGUCAACACGCAUGUAGCCUUGCUGUAUUUCUCGGUUCUGGUGGCCAUACCAGCGAAGCACUCACGCUCGUCUCUACCCUGGAUUUCAAUCGCUACUGUCCGAGGAUCUAUAUAGUAAGCGAAGGCGAUGCCUUAAGUACCAACAAAGCCAAAAGCUUGGAGGCACGGAAGGCAUCGACAAUGUCCGACGGCGGGAGCGCAGCUCCCUAUCGAAUCAUCACCAUCCCACGCGCACGGCGGGUGCAUCAACCAUUCGUCACAACGCCCCCGACGGCCCUUGUUUCCCUCCUGUCCAGCUGGAGCCUCAUGCUCCAACCGGGCCGAAGUGGGAUCGAUGGAGCGUUCCCGGAGGUUUUGCUGCUCAAUGGUCCAGGCACCUGCGUGGUGCUCUGCAUCGCGACAUAUCUGAACCGCUUCUUCGGGAUCCGCUCUCCUCGGCUCAUUUAUGUCGAAUCCUUCGCUCGGGUUAGGACCCUGUCGUUAUCCGGAAGGCUACUGAGACCUUUCGUUGACCUGGGAGUACAUGCCGUUACUUCUUCCCCUUGGAGCUUGCUCUAA